CCUAUGUACGAAAGAAAGCUAGAUCGUUUUUUGUACCGUUUACCGAUGCUUUAGCCAUCCUAGUAAUCUCCCCAAAGCGUCUCUUUUCUGUUUGUCAGCGUUGCCUGUGGGUAUAUUAAGAACGAACAACCUACGAACUGUCUCUUGAAAGUUUGCGUCAAUUCGCUGAGUAUCCGCCUGGCUCGCUGCGCGACAUGUGGGGGACAGUCAAGAAAGGUUCUGAUCCAAUCUUCUUUUCCUCCUUGAUUAUACCACCAUUCCUGAAACCACUGCUUUGGAAUGAAUACUUCAUCAAUUUACACAAAGAUAGUCUCUACAUACAACUUCUGAGUUCUGCAUCAAUAGGCAACUGCACAAUCAUGAUUGAUCAUGAAGGAGUACGACAGACCCCUGCUACACCUUCUCAGUCCUAUGACUUAUGGAAAAAAACCACAUCGACCUCGGGCUCGAUUUUCGCAAGUAUAGUCGCCGGCAAUGGCCGACUCACUCACUUUGUAUUUACUGUCGCAGUAUUCGCAGUUUUUUUUUAUUUGGCAGCCUAUUUUUUGGGGCAGCCACCUAACUUUCAUACACUUAGAUGGCAGCUGGGCUGCCAAAUAGUGUUUUGCAAAACUAAUUUGAAACGGUUGAUCGGCCGCACACUACGCCUUGUUGCACUCACCAUAUAAUUACGAAUAUUAGUGUUUGUCAGAAAGAGUAAAACCCAUAUGAAUAAGUUGCGCUUCGAUGCCUGGUAGCGGCUUCGGAUGGAGUGACAACUAUUGGGUUUGAAAUGAGUGACUUUGCUUACAGCACCAAGGUAUCAACAUG